ACUGACAAACAGGAAGGAGGAAGCUUUGACUGACAUCACACUGCUGCCUGGUCUCGUUUCAUCCAGCUGCAGAAUGAAGGGAACAUCUGUCCAGAUGCUGCUGGCUCUGAUCCAACUGCUGAGCUGCUCAACUCACCAAGCUCGUCUGACGCUGAGUCCCAGCAGCUCUCAGCUGUUCAGAGGACAGUCUGUCUCUCUGAGCUGUGAGGAGGACGACAGCUCAGCUGGAUGGACACUGAGGAGGAACACAACCAAACGACAGAGUCAGUGUGGAGCUGGGUGGGGAAAACCAGCUGGUUCCUCCUGUACCAUCAGCUACAUCGUCUCAUUGGACAGUGGAGUUUACUGGUGUGAGUCCAGUGAGGGAGAAACCAGUAAGAGCAUCAACAUCACUGUCACUGAUGGACCAGUGAUCCUGCAGAGUCCUGUCCUCCCUGUGAUGGACGGACAUGAUGUCUCUCUGCUCUGUAAAACACAGAGCGCUCCCUCCGACCUCCCAGCUGAUUUCUAUAAAGACGGCUCCUUCAUCAGGACCGAGCCCACAGGUCACAUGACCAUCCUCCGUGUUUCCAGGUCUGAUGAAGGCUCCUACAGCUGUAAGGUCAGGGGUCAUGGAGAGUCUCCACCCAGCUGGAUCACCGUCACAGAGAGGAACACCACACUUGGAUCUGUAACCCAGCUUGUCCUCAGACUGCUCUGCCACCUGGUGGUGUUCUGUCCGUACUUCGUCUCCACCUUCCUCAUGGUGUCUUUAUAUCGACACAGACCCACAGGAAAUCACCUGCCCGUCUCCAAGGACAUGACCCCGUCCACCCACACUGAGCAUGGAUUGGCUGAGGACUACGAUGAUGUCCUCACUCCUGUCAGCACAGAGCAGCAGUUCUGACCCGGUCCAGGUCCAGAGGACCUGCAACA